AUGACGACCACGCGAAAUCCGAAAGACUCCAUGAAGUCUACCUGGCGCACCUGGGACAAAGACCAAUGGAAGAUACCACACAAGAUUCUCGAGCACGCCAAUGUACACCACGUUGACCUCGAACGGGAAGUGCCCGUGCAUUUGAAAGAAGAGAAAAUACCCUAUGUCUCAGACUGGGCAUUAAACCGCUGGGUCAUCGUCCAUGCCAGCGUUCCACUUCUUAUUCACCAGCUCUAUAACUCGAUUACCGGAGGUCAUUUCCAUCCAAUCGUCGCAUUCUUUUACUAUUAUUACGCAUCGAGGCUAUUCACGACUCGAGAAUUACGGAACCUGCGUGAGCUUGGCCAUCAAUAUGGUUUUCUGGAUGGAGAUAAACAUGAACGAGAUGGCGUGCCCGACGUAGGGGUCCAAAAGGCUCUAAUAUCUGUCCUGCUGGCGGGCUUUGUGCGUCCCUUGAUGACAAUAUACAUGACAUACAAUCCUAAAGAGGCACCAAUUUCGUUGAAUUGGAAAUGGAUUGCUGCGGAGGUCAGUCUCUAUGGCAUUAUCCUCGACUUCUGGUUCUACUGGUACCACCGCAUCAUGCACGAUGUGAAUGGCCUAUGGAAAUUCCACCGAACGCAUCAUUUGACGAAACAUCCUAACCCACUUCUUACCAUCUAUGCGGACUCUGAGCAGGAGUUUUUCGAUAUUGCGGGGAUCCCUUUGAUGACUUACUUCACUAUGAGGCUGAUGGGCAUGCCGAUGGGUUUCUAUGAAUGGCAUGUUUGUCAACUUUAUGUUAUGUUUGCGGAACUUGCUGGACAUAGUGGUCUCCGUCUUCAUGCUGCACCGCCUAAUCCCCUGACAUGGCUCAUGAGAAUCUUCGAUGCAGAAUUGGUGAUCGAGGAUCAUGAUCUGCAUCAUCGUCAGGGGUGGAAGAAGAGCCAUAACUAUGGUGUCAGAUCGACAACCCAGUCUGACUAUUUGCAGACGCGUCGGGCUCAGGUCCGCGAGGCACAAAGGGCCUAUCGAUCGCGCCAACAAUCACAACUCUCGACAUUAAAAGCCCGCGUUGAGCAGUUGGAAAAUGCGUUUGAUCAUAUUGGCCAGACAAUAAAUGCAUUCGAUGACCAGGUCUUACAAAAUGGCUCGCAGUGGCCUCAGCCUCGACUCUUCCAGGCAGUCAGACUACUCCGGAACGAUAUAGUAUCACAAUUCAAAUCCGCCGGUGUGCAUUUUCAAGACACAGUACGCAGCUCCGGUGUUGAAUUGUCUCGAGCCAAUGAGUUCCACCAGGAACAAUUCGUAUUAGAGAUACCGGCCAACCCUCAACCCCCAACACAGACCACUUUUUGGAACUGCUUCUUAAACUCAUCGUCGGCAAUGAUUCCACCUGCAAACGCUCGAUUACAAGUUGAUCAUCCAGAUGAUUCAAUUCAAAUACCCCCAUCUUUUCCCUUUGCUGACACAGUCAUCAUCCAAUACGCCAACACUCCUUUCACGCAGCGACUCUUCCGAGCCGUAGCAGAAAGUGGCCAUCGCUUCCUCUCAAACCUCGUAUACAGAGACGAAGAACUGUGGCCCGAGUUCGGGCUAUCCUUGCAAACAUUACCAAGAGCCCAAAUCCGGGCGUAUUUUGGGCGUGUUGUGGAUUUGCAAAUCUGCAAUCCUAUCGCCGAUCCUCGGUUUCCCUUUAUCAGCCUUGGUGGUGCGGGGACUCAUUUUCAAUCACCAGCACCUGGAGCUUUGCCAAAUAGACUGGAUCUGUUUCGGGAAUCGAACGGCGUUUCACAUGUUCAUUCUGAUGAAGACUGGUUUGAUGUUCAUGACAUCGAGGGGUAUCUGUUCAGCGAGGGUAUUGAAUUGAGCGAAUAUCCCUCCGAAUCUCCCUCGAUGCUUUCAUCGAUACCGCAGAUUGAGGAGACCGGAUUUUCAGCUUUGACUACAUCAACGCACACAAUGACGAGAGUUAUUGGUCAGCACAAGCUGCUCAGCUUGCUGAGCCGACUUCCAGUUGGGUUAGGCUGCGUGGCUGGCUUCCGCCGAUCGGACGUUGAGGGAAUAGUAUCCCGGAACGCAGAAUGGGUCAAUACUACCAUGACUCCAGGAUGA